AUGGACGAGCCGCCCCGCGCUGUGACUGCGGCCGCGGCGCGCGCCGCACGGGAGAGCCCAGGUGAGGGCCCCGAGGCGGCGGGCGCGGGCCGCGCCAUGCGCGAAGAAGAGGAGCGCGCGGCGCACUGGGGCGAGCGGCGCGCCGCGCGCGAGCGCGACCGCAGUGCGUCGCCGCCGCCGCCCGCGGGCCACGCGAGCUCCUACAAGCAGUUCAAGUUCCGCGCGGGCGCCAAGCAGUACGCCGAGGACGAGGCGUCGCUCGGCGCGAACGGCUACCCCGGCAUCGUCAAGGCCGCGGACUGGCCCGGCUGGCGGCUGCGGCGCCAGGCCGUCGCGCCCGACCAGCUGCCGCCCGCCGAGGAGCUCGACCGCACGGCCGCGCCCGACGCCUACGACCGCCGACACGGCCCGCCCGACGCCUGGGAGGGCGUCGCCGACGCGGAGCUCGACCGCGCGCGGACGCCGACGCCGCCGGUCGUGCUCGACGCCGUGCCGCCGCCGAUCCCGAACGACGGCUCCUUCCUCGCGACGAUGAAGCGGCGCUUCGCCGCCGCCCGCGCGGAGCCCGCGGCGCCCAUCGCGAACGACGGCUCGUUCCUCGACACGAUGAAGCGGCGCUUCGCGGCCGCGCGGGGCGAGGCGCCCGCCGCGCCGCCGCCGCCGCCCGCGCCCGCGGCGGACGAGGACGCGUCGGACGCGGCCGAGCCCGCCGGCGACGCCGUGCCCGAGGUGACGGUGCGGAGCUCGUCGGAGUCGGACGGCUCGGGCCGGCCGCCGCCCAAGAAGCGCAAGCGGCGCGCGGCGAGCCCGCCGCCGGGCGCCGCCGUGUCGGCGCCGCCGUCGCCGCCGGACGCGCCGGCGCCGGCGCCGGCGCCGGCGCGGCCGCGGUCGCGGGACCCGAGCCCGGGCCGGCGCUUCAUGCGGCCGAGCGAGCUGUUCGCCCAGGACAACCGGGCGGCCGUGCGCGCGGAGCACCCCGGCGACUUGGAGCGGGCCGUGCGGAACCGCCUCAGCGAGAUGUGGCGGUCCGCCGACGCGGCGACGCGCGAGCGCUACGUCGACCGCGCGAAGACGCUGCGCGAGCGCGCGCGCUCCGCGUCGCGCGACGGCGACGACGGCGACGCCGCGGCGCCGGCGCCGGCGCCGGCCGCGCCGCCGCCGCGCGCUCCGAAGCACGCGCCGGCCGGCGGCCUCGGAAGCCCCUUUGAUCAAGCCAGCGAUAUCAGUAACGGCGGCCGCAUCGCGGUCGGCGCGGCCGUCGAGGCGGCGCCGCACGCCUUCGGCGCCAACUUCGUGAAGCGCGUCGGCACGGAGGCGCGGUACCGCGGCACCGUCGUCGAGCGCGGCGCCGACGACGUCGUCGACGGCCUGCGGAACUCGCUCACCGACCGCGUCUGGCGCGUGCGCUACGACGACGACGGUUUGAUCUGGGCGACGCCCGAGCGCUUCCUCUCGGUGGUGGAGGCGGUGCCGGCGCCCGAACCGGCGCCCGCGGCGCCGCCGGAGCCCGCGGCGCCGCCGGAGCCCGCGGCGCCGCCCGCGCCGAAGCGCCGCCGCGCGUCGAAGAAGGGCCCGCCGCGCGACCCGCGCGUCGUCGCCGGCGCGCGCGUCCGCACGCCGACGGGCGCCGCCGGCGUCGUCGUCGCCGUCCAGGCGAACGGCUGGGUCACGGUGCGGCUCGACGUGGCCGUGCGCCUCAGCCGCGGCGUCAAGCGCGAGCGCGGCUUCCGCGGCAACGAGCUCCGCCCCGUCGACGACGACGACGAGGACCCCCCCGCCGCGGCGCCGGCCGCCGGAGACGUGGAGAGCGACGUCUACGACGCGGCCGAGGCCCGACGCACGGCCGAGGAGCUCGCGGUGCUCGAGGCCGAGGACCUGGGGCGCGACGUGCUGCGGCCGCCGCAGCCGGACGCGCCCCCGCGGCGCGUCGCGGCGGGCGACGGCACGGCGUCGUACGGCGUCGGCGAGCGCGUCCAGGUGCUGCACUUCAAGGGCAAGCCGACGGGCGCCGUCGUCUCGCUGCGCACGCCGGGCUACGACGUCCGCCUCGACCACUCGGGCAUCGUCUGGCCGCUCUCGCCGGCGGUGCUCGUCCCCGGCGCGCCGGACACGCCGCCGCGCCGGCCGUCGCCGCCGUCGUCGCCGGAGCCGUCGCCCGACUACCGCGUCCGCCGGACGCUGCCGACGGGCCGCGCGCCGCCGCCCCCGCCGCCGGUCUACCGGUCUACCGCGCCCCGGUCGCCGGCCUCCUGGGUGCCCGAGCGCGUCGAGGAGAUCGCCUGGUCGGACGCGGGCGAGGCCGUCUUCUCGCCGGGCCCCGGCCGGAAGCGCAGCAUUUCCUUCGGCGACGAGGGCCGGCUCGACGUGGAUUUGAUUUGCGUCCCGGUCGGCGUCGAGCGGCCGCGGCCGCCGUGCAAGGCGUGCGAGGGCCGGCACGUCGCGCACACCUGCGGCAAAGCCCGGGGCAAGCGCGGGCGCAAGAAGAAGAAUUAGCACGGGCAGAAGGUCCGCGUCUCCCUCUCGAGCAAAAGGCUCAUCACUAAGCUCUGUAUUUCGAAC